UGGCUUCAGUAAUACCCUACUGGGUUUGCUAUCGUUUAUACUGACUGUGGUUACUAUCCGUUGGAUGAAGGUAGUGAAAAAGCCUCGCACAUCUGCAUCUGAACCGUUACUCACAAACCAACCACUAUCUAGUUACAACUCUAUACAUGAAGUUGAUUCGAUCGAUCUCACUGGGACUAGGAGUUCAAUCAAUCCUAUUGUUCAGAACCAAGUAUUACGAGCUCGUCGGCGUAUGAUAAAAUAUGUGAUGGUUGGAAUGUUCUCUGUUGUUAUCAGCAAAUUGUUUAUGGGGAUAGCUUUUCUACUUUCGUCUCCUGGUCACAAUAUCCUCGUAUUUGUUAGUAAGUUUUUUGAUUGGGUUCUUAUUGACAACUAUGACAUCCUAUUUUUAAUGUUCGAUAGUUUGUUGUAUGUUCGGGAAUCUCUGUUUAUCACGCUAGUGAAAUAAAUGAUAAAUUGAUUGAUUAUUUUAUGCAAUAGUAUACAAACUUAAUGUAAUUCGAUGCCGUUAUACUUAUAAAUGUUCUCCUUCUAUCGUUACAAUCCUGCGAAAAAAAUUUAGCAACAUAAUACACU